AUGACUGACACGAAUAUUUCAAAAACUGAUUUCAAAAAUGUUUGCCAAGCAUUAGGGAUUGCUACAGAUGGCGUAAAAGCAGAUUUAGUCCAAAGAAUAAGAAGAUAUCUCAAGGGUAAAAGCCGUGCAGAUAGCUGUGAUACAGAAGGGAAUGGUAGAGAAGAAGACGAAGAUACAAACACAGUGGUUUAUGAUAAUUACUCUGAUACAUCUGAAAUAGGCAACCUGAACCAGCAAGCAAGAACUCUAAAGAACCAAUUAGAGAAAGAACAGUUGACGACAGUUGAGAAUAAUGGGGAUGAAUCUAAGUUGAAUUUAGCAAAUAAUAGAAAAUGUCCAUUAUCAAAUGAUAAGGAAACAGAAUCUAAAGAGAACAAAUUAUUAACAGAGUUUAAACGGUUGAAAAAUGCUAUGUUAACAUUCAAUAACAGAUUGAAUACUGUAACGGCACAAGUACGUGAUACAAAACAAAAAGUGGAGGUAAAUGAAACGUGGCAGAAACAUAAAUUUGAAAAGUCCUAUGACCAGCACGAAUAUAAUGCCUUGCACAAAAUUGGAAAGGAAUUAGAUUUGGCAAUGGAAUUAUGA